GAUGGGGAGAUUGCCGGACCAAGUGGAUAGAAGUGUUACUACAGGGCUGCUGCUGCUGGAGGACGGGCUGGGAGCACAGGAUAAUGCUCCAUCCCUCGGCGUACAGCAGCACGCUGGACACGUUGUAAUUUCUUCUGGCGGCGGCAGCAGCUGUGGAGGAGGGGGGUCUCCAGUGUUGCAGCAGUGAUUUUCCUCCACCUUUCUUGUAUUUUUUUCCCCCCUUUUUUUCCACAGUCUUCUUCAUCAUCUUUCUGCUCGCCCCUCCUCACUCUUUAUCUCUUUGCAACUGGCAACCGCUGGACUCCCCCUCCUCUCUUUUCCACUUGUCUUUCCAUAGGAGGGAUUUCUGUAUUUCAUCAGGGAUUGUAGAAGACAUGUCUCUCUGGGAAUGAUGGUGUUGCCACUGGUACAGUCUUCUCUGUCGCCAUGACAAUGCCAUUCAGCCCCCUGUCCAGCGACGAGGAGCAACAAAGAAUGCUGGGAAAUAGUCGACAUCUCUAUCCAGGGGCAGAGGACGAGGAAGAGGAGGAGGAAGAAGAGGAGGAGGAGAUGGAAGACGAUGAGCGUGAUGAAGAUGGAGAGGAGGAAGAAAACGGCGAACUGGAGGGAGAGGAAGAAGAUGAUGAAGAGGAGAUGGUGGACGAGGUCAGGCGUGGAGGCCUGUCUCGGGGAGGCAGAGGUGAGGGACACAGGCAGUCAGGUAAACUGGCUGGUCGUGCCACUGGGGACAGGCAGGUCCGGCCAGGUAACCCAGGGCAUACGGCAAACCCCUACUCGUCCAAUCCUGGACCCACACACCAACAGCAAGCCAAUCAAACACAGCAGCAGAGGAGGAUGAAGGAGCGCAAUGCCAAUUCAGUGGCUUCUGAGGACGCCCACAUCGCCAUGAUGGUAUUUCGCAUCGGCAUCCCGGACAUAAAACAAACGAAAUGUUUGCGGUUUAACCCAGAUGCUACAGUGUGGAAGGCCAAGCAGCAGGUGUUGUGCUCCCUGACUGAAUCUCUGCGAGAUGUCCUGAAUUAUGGUCUGUUCCAGCCUGCAACAGAUGGCCAUGAUGCCAAGUUUCUGGAGGAAGAGAGGCUGCUCAGAGAGUACCCACAAUCCUUUGAGAAGGGGGUACCAUAUUUGGAGUUUCGAUACAAGACCCGGGUGUACAAACAGACCAAUCUGGAUGAGAAGCAACUGGCCAAAUUGCACACAAAGGCAAGCCUCAAGAAAUUCAUGGAUUAUAUCCAAACCAGCGCUGUGGAUAAAAUGGCCAAGUUCUUGGACAAAGGCCUUGAUCCUAACUACCAGGACACUGACACUGGCGAGACUCCUCUGUCACUGGCAGUGCAGUGUGAACCAGGUGGAGGUGAAGCUAUUCGUGUCCUGGUGGAUGGAGGGGCUCAUAUUGACUUCCGCUCCAAAGAUGGACUCACUCCACUACACAAGGCCGUUCGAGGCCACCGCCAUACAGCCCUACUGGUCCUGCUGUCUCUGGGUGCGUCUCCAGACUAUAAAGACCGACGAGGGCUGACACCGCUCUACCACACUGUGCUGACAGGAGGUGACACCUCCUGCUGCGAAACACUGCUUUACCACCGCGCCAAGUUAGGCAUCAGGGAUGAGAACGGCUGGGACGAGACACAUCAGGCCUGUCAGAAUGGAAACUCACAGCAUCUGGAGCAUCUCCUUUUCUAUGGAGCAGAUUCCACCUCCCAGAAUGCCUCUGGAAACACUGCCUUGCACAUUUGUGCUUUAUACAACAAGGAAAGCUGUGCACGAAUUCUGCUCUACCGGGGAGCAAGUAAAGACACAAAGAACAACAGUGGGCAGACCCCCUUUCAGGUGGCUGUAAUGUCAGGCCAUUUUGAGCUCGGAGAAAUUAUCAAAAACCAUCGAGAUACAGAUGUGGUUCCCUUUCUGGAGUCUCCAAAAUAUGCCCCCCAGAGGCGAGAGAGCACUCGGACACUGACAAUACCCCACCCUCAUCCCUUCCUCCGGGCCAACAGUGACAGCAGCAUGAACCUGCCUGACUGGAUGGCAGUGCCCAAUGCCCCGGGGACCAACAUCGUCUCUGUGCAGGGCUAUAAGCAUACAGGUACCCUGCGGAGCUCCAGCAGUCCCAGAGGGGCGAGAACACGCUCCCCAUCCCGAGGGAGAAUCGGAGACAAGGAGGACCGGAGCAGGCAGAGUCGAAGACAGGGGGCUGCUCCUGCUACCACAACUGUACAAACUGCAGGCCAACGGCGACGCCUCUACAGCGCCGUUCCAGGGAGAGUCUUUGUAGCUACUCGUUCACACUCAGCCCAGGGAGAACGAGAAAUCAGCUUCAAUAAGGGAGACAGGGUCAAAGUGCUGAGUGUUGGCGAGGGCGGAUAUUGGGAGGGGACGGUCAGGGGUCGCACUGGCUGGUUCCCCUCUGACUGUGUGGAGGAAGUUGUGCUUCGGAGCCAAGACAACCGAUCAGAGAGCCGUGGAGAAAGAGCCAAACGAUUAUUUCGCCACUACACUGUGGGAUCCUAUGACAGCUUUGAUGCUCCAAGUGACUACAUAAUCAAGGAGAAGACAGUGCUUCUACAGAAGAAAGACAGUGAAGGCUUUGGCUUUGUACUGAGAGGGGCCAAAGCUCAAACUCCUAUUGAGGAAUUUACGCCCACGCCAGCCUUCCCUGCCUUGCAGUACCUGGAGUCUGUAGACGAAGGAGGUGUGGCCUGGAGAGCCGGUCUCAGGAUGGGGGAUUUUCUAAUAGAGGUCAACGGUCAGAAUGUGGUGAAGGUUGGUCACCGGCAGGUCGUCAACAUGAUCCGGCAGGGUGGUAACAGCCUUAUGGUAAAAGUUGUCAUGGUUACUCGAAACCCUGACAUGGAGGAGGGAUCCAGGAAGAAAAUCCCCCAGCAAAGCAAGAGGCUCAGCACUCCGGCUAUUGCCCUACGAUCCAAAUCCAUGACUUCAGAGCUGGAGGAGAUGGUGGAAAGAGCUGCUACCCCUUGGAAAAAAAAAUCAGAAUUCGAAUCCUCACAAGUUACAGAGAAGAAGAGGACAGUCUAUCAGAUGGCUUUGAAUAAACUCGAUGAAAUUCUUGCAGCAGCUCAGCAGACAAUCAACACCAAUGAGGCACCAGGGACACGGGGACAGGGGCCAAAAAGAGACAGGGGAAGAAGUUUCUAUGGCAAUGAGCCUAAUUACGGAGAUCAGUCUGGGAUGGGGAUGAUGCCUUCAGGACUGGGCCUUGGUUACGACCGUGGACAGUACACCUCAGGUCACGGCCCACACCACGGUAUGCUGCGGCAGAAAUCCAUCGGGGUGCCUGAGGAGGAGAAGCAGUUCCUGCAUCCCCCAGCCAUGAAGUUCGCUCGCAGUUUGUCAGUGCCCGGUCCAGAUGACAUCCCCCCUCCUCCCACCACUGCUCCACCCGAUCCACCAUUCUCCUCUGCGCCACCGCUAGGUUGGAGAGCCAAGUCAUCGCAGCAGCCCUCUGUCUCUGUGUCCCAGUCCACAGCCACCUCUGCACACUACCAGCCCUACUCCCAGGCGGUGCACUUCACUCAUGGGGGGAGGGAGAGAGCAGGUGGAGCCAGCAUUGCUACCAGUGGUGGAGCCAUGGACCACACAACUUCAUAUGCACAUGCUUCUGCCCACACUACUCAAAGCAGGACUGCUUCGCGAAAGGUUGCCUAUACUGGGGAGCCUGUUGGAGCUGGCAUGGGUGCUGGUGUAGGGGCAAAGGCAGCAGGUCUUAGGAGAGGCUACAGCACUGCCGUGCCUCCAUCCAGCAUUGCCACUGUAAUCCCCCAGCAACAACAGACUACCCAGAGUCAACCCCAGCGAACAGACCGUGGUGUAGCAGGAAGUGGAGCAGGUGGACCUAAAGGUGGGGCCCGGAGAGGUAAAGGCCCACUGGUGAAGCAAUCCAAAGUGGAGGACCUGCGAAUUGGCCAGGGUACACUGGGAGGCAAAGGCUCAAUGGAGAAAAGCUCUAUCCCAAUCCCAACCAUUAUUGUGAAGGCCCCUUCAACCAGCAGCAGCGGCCGCAGCAGCCAGGGCAGCAGUGUGGAGGCUGAUGCUCCUGCUUCAGGGGAGACAGAUGAAGUCAAAACCCCUCAUGGUCCUCCUCCCUCUACUCCUGCUCCCCAGCCUCCUGCCCCCCCUUCCAUUCCUGCACCACCACCUCCGUCUUUACCCUCUAUGCGAGCCCAGGAUAACCUGGACUUCACCAGCCAGUUUGGGGCUGCAAUUGUUGGGGCAGCCCGCCGAGAUAGGGAACGGUUUCACGAAGCACGCAGAAAGAGUGCCUCCUUAUUCAUGUCCGCUGAGGAAGAUGUGGGUCUUGGGGGGGUGAGUGAUGGAUUAGGAGGAGCAACAAGGACUCAGGUGUCACAGCAGCAGCUUAGCACACAGGCUGAAAGCUCAACAACACGGCUCCGCCCAUCCAAGUCUAUUGAUGAGGGCAUGUUCUCUGGAGACACCUUUAUCCACCACACUCGGAGUAUGCCUCCUGCCUUUGGCCUACCUGAAUACUCCUCCCCUGCCCUGGACUAUCAGCCUAAGUCUGUUCCUACUGACCUUUAUACAGCAGCAGGCAGGCAGCCAUUACAGUCUACCACCACCUUCAUUCACCCUCUAACAGGAAAAGCUCUUGACCCCACAUCACCACUAGGUCUUGCCCUAGCUGCCAGAGAACGUGCUUUGAGGGACGAUACCAGGCUAAGGAGAGGUGCUGAGCAUCAUUUUACCCGCCAAAUGUCGAGCGUGGUAUUUCCUUCUUCCGCUGUCACCUCUCAGCCUGUGUCUUCUGCUGCCCAGUCCUCUAGUUCCUCCUAUCUGGUUACCUCCUCUUCUCUGGCUGCCACCACCCCCACCGUUGGCCGCCCACCUUCACCCAGAAUCCUCAGGGGUGUGUGGGGUGAGGAGGGUGGUGGUGGAGAAAGGGAACGGGAAGGAGGAGGUGCUCGCGAGGGGCUGAGAGUUCGCUUCUCUGAGGACAAAACAGUACAUACGCACCACUACCAGUCUCAGCCGUAUCAACCAACGUACAAGGAGAGAGAGCGAGAGAGAUCAAGGGAACGCGAGAGGGAUUUGUCAAGAGACAGAGAGAGGGACAAGGAGAGAGAGAGUUACAUGAGGAGGGUGGAGCAGACAAGUACAGCAGCCACCGACAGUACUGGACAGCAAAUGUCCCAGUCACAACCACCUCGGAGGCCUUCUUUUCUCAGGAUGGAAAGUCAAGCUGAUGCAUAUAUUUUGUCCCUCACCCCUCCAUCUCCUCCACCUACAAGUACUCAACAGCCAACAAGUACAAGUGGGAGCACUGGAUCUGGGCUCAUGGUUCUUCCUCCCCCUGCCCCAUCAGUGGAUGCUGAUGAUGAGUUUGUCUACGCAGACCCUCUCCCACCUCCAGUAGAGUUUGCCAACAGCUUUGACAGAGGACUGAGCUACUCACAACGUGGAAUGCUCCCCAACAGUCUGACCUCCCGCAAACAACCGGCUCCACCCCCUCCACCUCCUCCUCCUCCCCCACCACCACCUCCCCCUCCCCCCCAAAAAGAACCAUUUGCAAGUGGGUUUCCUGCUCAUACACCCCUACCCUCUCCACAGGCGGGAGACUCCACAGCCUCCAGUCUGACGUCUUACGACAGUGAGGUGGCAAACCUGACUCAGUCUGUUCCUUCUCCCUCUCAGACAUCACCCAAUCCUCCGCCCCCCUCCUCACCCUCAACACUACAACCCACCUCAAUAGCAGGACCUCCACCUCCUCCAUCAGUCUCACCGCCCCCUCCCCCUGGCUCUUACCACAGACCUUUCUCUAUGUCACAUCCCCACCACCUUUAUAACAGCACUCAUGCUCCCGGUCGCUCGUCCCCUACGCCUCCCCCACAUAGUGUUGCACCACCCCCAGCCUAUCGUGGUCCCCGAGCACCCUCUUCCACUGUUGCCACCUCCGCUCAACACCAGGGUACCACCUCCCAUGCCACGACCGCUAGCUGUGCCACUACAACCACCACUGCUGCCAUCACAACAAGCACCUCCACACAGCUCUACCAUGAGCGAACACACACUUCACAAACCACCAUCACAAGCAGUCGACGGACAGGGGAACACCACCGUCCCCACCCCACUGCCAAGAAAGGAGAGUCUCAGGAGACAGUGGUAGAUUCUGGGAUUGAAGAGCUGGACAGCCGCAGCAGCAGUGACCACCACCUAGACAGUAUCCUGGCUCUAAGUGGAGCUGGUGUCCGGGGAGACAGACUGGACAGAGGAGAGCGAGGAGCUGGAAGUAGGAUGACAGGUGGAAUUGGCGCAGGUGAAUCAGACAGAGGAGGAGACUUCCUGGAAUCGUACAUGAGCUACCUGGAUGGACAAAGUUUUGAGAUGCAGAAUGCAACAGCAGCAGCCUCCACUUACCCAAAAACCAACAGGUUCAGGGAGGGAAUCCGUGCUGGUGAUCUGCACAGACAGACCAGCACUGCUCCUGCAUCCUUCCACUCUCACAGACGAAGGGAUGAGCAGGACGAUGACGAGACUGAGGAAGGAGUGGCCGAGGAUGAAAGCGGCCCAGACGGGUACAGCAUGAGGGAUAUGCAGAAUCUGGGUCGUCCCACUUCGCCAUAUUUUGAACGCCCACGCACACCAGAAAUGAAGGCUAUGUGGGUUGAGGGGCAGAUGUCCAGUGAAGGAGGUGGCCAGUCUGGGACACUUUUAGAAGGAAGGAAGAUUUACCCUCCUGCAUCCAGUAUGAAGCCCAGCAUCAUAAAUGAGCUGAGCAGCAAACUGCAGCAAAGAAGCAAAGACAGCUGGAGCAGCCAGAGGCCACUGAGCAGACACAGCAGAAACAGAUUUUCAGAAGAUUCAGCCUCAGCUCUGAGUCCCCCAUCAGCUCGAUCUCAGUCUCCGUCUCCGAUCUCAUUAUCACAGCCAUCUUUAUCACCGUCCCCGACCCCUGCAUCCCAGUACCCAAACUGGGGUCGAUCCCCGUCUCCUCAGCCUCCUGCUGCUUCUCAGCCUCCGCGUUCACAUUCCCCGCUGUCCCCGACAUCUUACUCUCCGUACCCCACCUCUCCUAAACACAGACCUGUCUACCGGACCAAAGCACUGGAAUUUCAGUUCAUCCCAAGUCGUGAGUCCCGCAAAGCAGAAUCGCACAUGUUACAGCGAAGACGAGCCCCCAGCCCCCUUAUAUCCCCAUCAGAGAGGCCUAAGCUUGGUCCACCACGCCCCUCGUCCCUUCCACUUCUCCCCACCUCUCCCCUGUACAGUGCCAUCUAUGACCUCAGAGGUUCGAUCACACCCCCGUCACCUGGGAACCCUCUUGGAGAUCCUUACUUCUCCCCCUCUCCUCCCCUGUUUGCCCCCUCAGGUGCCCCUCCUCCUCCAAACUCCACAUUAGUUGUUUCCCGCUCUCUUUCCCCUACUCACUUCCUAUCUGGGACAUCAUCGCCACCCCUGCACCCUCUCCCUCCACCUACCUGCCUCAGUUAUCCUCACCUACCACCCCCUUCCCCUACCAAGCCUUUUGCCUCCAAGCCGCUGCCCUACUGGACCAAGUAUGACGUUGCAGACUGGCUUGGAUACCUGAACCUGGGUGAGCACAGAGAGCGCUUCCUGGACAAUGAGAUUGACGGCACACACCUGCCCUCCCUGACUAAGGAAGAUUAUCUGGAUUUGGGUGUAACACGAGUGGGACAUCGCAUGAACAUUGAACGAGCCCUGAGAACUGUAAUGGACAGGUUAUCCAGCAGCCCGUUUCCCAUUUCUGUUCUCUCACCUCGGGAAGGACAGACUGAGAGGAGGAGGGACGAUGGGAGCCGGAGCUGAGGUUGCAAAUCCUGAAACAGAAACCGAGAGAAAGAAGGAGUUGGAGUCAAUGAGGGAGGAAGACACAACUGCUGCUAUCCAUGGUGGAUUCACACAACAAAUGAGGGGGGAACAGAUUUCACACAGAGAGUGACAGAAAGAGGGAGACGCGUCCCGAGGGGAGAUGGAGACACGGGGACAGAAAAUGGGCUGAUGAUCCAUAAAGGCACCGGCUGGCACUCCCCAGUUGUGACAGGCUCAUAACACAAAUACACUCCCACAUGCAUGCACACCAAUCAACACACAAGUCACACGAGUCACAUAAACACCCUCUCAUCCAAAGUGUGUAUGAAAGCACUAUGGCUGCAGCAGCAGAUUUGAUCAGAGUCCAGAACAGGGAUGAGAUGAACCAAAUACUUUUGUGAAACAAUCAAAAGUCACUUUUUUUUUUUUUUUUAAAGAAUUGGAGCAAGUUUGGAUGGAAUAUACGAGUCUUCUAUUGUGUAGCCAUGUUGCUGAAUAGUCGCUGCCUAGUUAAAUUUAAGAGUGGGACCCACCAAGAAAAUUCAUAGUGCAAUCAACGACAACCCUUCCCCAUUUAAGAGUACGCUUAAAAUAUUUAGGGACAUCUGAGGGCAAAUGUGUGCAGGAGUGAAGCAUCGUCUGUCUGCACGGUGAAGGGCAGUACAUCAAGAGUUUUUAGAUAUGCCUACGGUGCAGAUGGAUAAUUCGUGUCCUAAUUGAACCAAUGUGAAAGUCACACGUUGUGAUUGGAGGUCGGCUGCGUUUGACUGUGAUUGGUCACGUCUUGUUUUUUUACCUCACCACUGGUAGGGCUCUGUCCUCACUGCAGGUCCUGUGAUCAGGAUCAUCGUGUUACUCUAUAGCUCUUUAUCAUCUUACAUCUUAUAAUGACAUAUAUACAGACUGGUCACUGUAUCACAAAUUUGUAGCAAAAAUAAGUGCCCAGACCAACAACAUAAAAAAAAGAUGCGCACACAAACAGAAAUCU